CCUUCUCCUCAUCCAAAUUAUUUUUCUCCUCGCUCUUCCCCUUCUCCCUCCCUCGUACGAUAACUAGCCUGAACCAUCCUCGAUUUUCCGCGCUCUUUCAUCCCACACGUCCCUCCCAUCCCGCUUUGUCGCAACUUGAACUACCCGUUAUCAGACGGAUUCCUUUCGCAGCCUACUUCUCGGCCUCCUUUCAGCCGAACACUCAACACCACCUCGAUCCCUAUUGCUAGGAUACGGCUAAAGUGUCUCCUGACGACCUUCAAUUCUCAUCAAAACAUAUUCCAUCAUCCACCGGAAUAGUUUCUAUACUUGCGCCUCACAAUAACCAGCACGCAAUGGGCUCUUUAGGAGAUCACUUUGACACUAACGGCGUCACCAACGGCGUCAACGGCCUCCACAUCACCAACGGAGUCAACGGUGUUAACGGCGCUGGUCACAGCAGCCAACCCUUUAAUGGCCGAUUAUGGACGGCUAAUGGCCGAACCAACGGACAUACCAAUGGCUAUUCCAACGGUCGCACCAAUGGACACACCAACGGUUACACCAACGGCCAUACCAACGGUACCAAUGGAUACCACGGCGAAGAAUGGUUCAUUGGCAGCAUAGACCAGGGUACCACGUCAUCGCGAUUCUUAAUAUUUAACCGCGAAAUGGAUCCUGUAGCCAGUCAUCAGAUCGAAUUUGAGAAUUAUUAUCCAGAGUCCGGAUGGCAUGAACACGAUGCCCUCGAAUUGCUCGAAUCUGUCGAGAUUUGUAUCGAGAAAGCUGUUGCACAAUUUACUUCCAAAGGGUAUUCCAAAUCCCAAAUUAAGGGUGUAGGUAUCACCAAUCAACGAGAAACCGUCGUAUGCUGGGAUUCAACCACCGGCAAACCGCUAUGCAAUGCUGUAGUAUGGCCCGACACUCGAACGAAGGACAUCGUCCGAGACUUGAAGAACUACCCAGGCGCCCACGCCAUUCCUGAGAUUUGCGGUCUGCCCUUGAGCACGUAUCCUUCGAGUGUGAAACUCGUCUGGCUCUUGCAGAACGACAUAAAUGUGCGACAAGCCUACGAGGAUGGGCGUCUCUCAUUCGGCACCGUAGAUAGCUGGCUGAUCUAUUGUCUCAAUGGCAAGGACAGAAACGUCCAUGUCACCGACACUACAAACGCCAGUAGGACCAUGUUCAUGAACUUGCACACUGCGCAAUAUGAUGACAGGCUGCUCUCCUUCUUCGGUAUCGACCGGAAUAAGGUCGCAUUACCCAAGAUCGUGCCUUCGUCGGACUCCGAGGCCUUCGGGAGCAUUGCCAACGGUGUCUUAGCCGGAGUGAAAAUCGCCGGCUGCUUAGGUGAUCAGUCUAGUGCUCUGGUCGGUCAAUGCGGAUUCAAACCUGGCCAGGCGAAGAACACAUACGGUACCGGAUGCUUCCUCUUAUACAACGUUGGCACCAGACCAGUCCUCUCCAAGUAUGGCUUGCUAGCAACCGUAGCCUACGACUUCGGCAAGGGCGAGAAACCAGUCUACGCCUUGGAGGGAAGUAUAGCUGUGGGCGGCGCCGGUGUUAAGUUUUUGAUGAAUAAUCUAGGAUUCAUUAGAGACUCUACCAAAGUCGGUGAAUUGGCGGAAAGCGUCCACGACAAUGGAGGCGUGGUAUUUGUCACCGCAUUCAGCGGUCUGUUCGCACCCUAUUGGAUUGACGACGCCAAGGGUACUCUCUUUGGUAUUACGCAACACACACAAAGAGGACACAUCGCCCGCGCGACUCUCGAAGCGACUUGCUUCCAGACGCGCGCCAUCUUAGAAGCCAUGGAGAAAGACUCGGGUCACAGGCUGCACUCUCUCGCGGUAGAUGGAGGCAUGUCAAACUCGGACCUGACGAUGCAGACGCAGGCCGACAUCAGCGGCAUCCGCGUAGAGCGCCCCGCGAUGCGUGAGACGACCGCUCUCGGCGCUGCCAUUGCCGCCGGGCUCGCAUUGGAGGGCUGCUGGUCUAGCUUUGCGGAGCUACGGGAGCUCACAGACAAGAAGGCCGGCCGAAGGGUUUUCAAACCUCAGAUCGAGCGUAAGAAGGCCCAACGCAUGUACCAACACUGGGAACGUGCCGUUGAUAUGAGCCGCGGUUGGGUCCGCGACGACCUCGAAUAUCAGGCCGAGGAGCACUCAAGGCCUGAUAUUUUGAGGAAGCCGACUUUGUAAGAAAGUCAAGCAAAGUCGAGAAGAAACAGAACAGGAGUU